AUGACUAUAACAGCUUCAAAUACACUGGAAUUCAAAUGGACUUCUCCGAAAUCAACGGCAAGAUCAUCAUUCCGUAAGUUUCUCAUAAAGUUUGAUUGUAAGAUCUACUUUUACUCCUGUGCUUCUUAGGAUCCGACAACUUAUCAAUAGAUAUGCGAAAUACAUAUUGCGAUGAAGUUUUGGGACCGUUGUAUUCUUAUAUGAUGGUUUUGGGGUUGAAUCAUAAUCAUAGCAGUGCACAAAAAUCAAUUUUGAAAUGGCCUCUGACAAUUUAUAAUUAUAUCAUUGUAUUUGUAAUGACUUCUACAACAAUUCGCAGAUUUACUCAACUUUGUCGUGGAAAAAACGAGGAAAACUUCAAUGUUUUGAAUCCUAAUUUUGUCCUGACCUUAUGUCACGCACUUCUCAUGUUCAGGUAAUUACUUUUUCACCAAGAUUAUUUAAAUGAGAAAACAUCGUUUUGCACGUGUUAGAACGCGUAGGCAGAGCGUCACCAAAACAAAAUUUAAAAUGAUUAUAUUCAACAAGGACGAAUUUUUUUUUUGAAUACAAAGAUCUGUUUUCAGUGGACUGGCGGCAGCAUUUUUGUUAUUGAAGAUGCAGAAAAGAAAGGAGCAGAUGUAUAGAGUAAGAAGAUUCAAAAACCCUGAUUACAUUUUUUAAAAAUAACUUGUUGCAGGUUUUGGAUCGUGGAAUAAAUAGAACUCGAAAUGAAGAAAAUGAUAAAAAACAUUUUCGACUUAACAAAUUAUUCAUCACAAUCAGUUUUUUGUUUGCCACUGCUUUGGCAGUCGUUCAAAUUUUUACCAAAUUAAAUUAUAUUGCAUUACCAGAUUCACCAGAUUUGAUUGAUCGAAGUUUGCCAUCCAUAAUUCUUGAAGGAUAUGUGGUAAUUCUUUUCUUAUUCCCCUUUCUUUUUUUUUCAAAAAUGUCACUUCACUUCAGAUAUUCAUUGCAUCAAGUGCAAUAUCGCUGCUUGCAAUUCUCUUCUUCCAAUUGUGUCGAAUUUUACAAUUCUCAAUUGCUCGUCUUAUUGAAGAAAUGGUCCCCAAGGAGAAAGAAGAGUGUCCUUUACCCGAACAAUCUCUUCAACAAAUUCACGACGUUCAAAUGCAUUACCAAGAAAUUUCCAAUGCAAAAGUUUUUAUUGAGCAAAACUUUUCGUUUUCAUUGUUCUACACAUAUGGAUGUUGUAUACCAUUAACAUGUCUCUUGGGUUAUAUCGCUUUUCGUAGUGAUAAAGAGGUACUUUUUUAGUGUUCAGUUUUUUUCGAAGAAAAAAAUAUGAAAAAUAAGUUCUACCAGACAGACAGCUUUUCACGAAAAAGCAUCUCAACAAUCAAACAUCACAAAAAGAACUUUUUUAUUUUGCAGACCGAUAUGGCAGCAUCAAUUUCAGUAAUUAUCUGGCUUGUGAAUGCAAUGCUUGCUCUUAUGCUUUUCAGUAUUCCAGCUUUUAUGAUUGCUGAAGAGGGAGAUAAACUACUUGUCGCUUCAUUCAAAAUGUAUCAUGAAACUUUGUGUGAAGAACGUGAUUUGCUUGUUUUGGUGAACUCUUGCUUUAAUUUAUUAAAUCAAUAAUGUUGUUAUUUCAGUCUCAAAUGAGUUUUUUGUCGUUUCAAAUGCAUGCAACCAAAUUAACAUUGUCUGCUGGUAACUUUUUUAUGAUGAAUCGCAAAAUUCUGAUUAGCGUAAGUAAGCCUUAUUAAAUUCAAAAAAAAAAUAAAUAUUUGCAGUUGUUUUCUGCGAUUUUCACAUAUUUCUUGAUUCUUGUCCAAUUCGAUGCCGAACGUCAAAAACAAAAUGCGACAUGUCAUGAUACUUCAUCGUCAAUGUUAGUAAUCAAACCAAAGUUCUAA